AUGGGUUCUAUAUCACAUAUGAAGUUGCGGCGCGCCCCGUUGAAGACCACCGGGGCGAUCGACCACCUCGAAUAUGUCGAUGUGACACCCAUAAUCGGGCGUGAAUACCCCACGGCUAAGCUCAAGGAUAUGCUAAAUGCCCCCAAUGCGGACGACCAGAUUCGAGACCUUGCCAUUACUAUCUGCGAACGUGGCGUUGUUUUCUUUCGCGCGCCUCAAGACGAUUUAACCGUUGAAGAGCAGAAAAAGAUCACAUACCUCUUGGGCAAGUUGACGGGCAGACCUGAGGACCAUGGUUUACAUGUUCAUCCUCUCUACAAUGAUCCCAACAACAUUCCCAUGGCGGACGGAACAACCGAUGAGAACAUCUAUGUUAUCAACUCGGAAGCUAUGAAGAAACUAUAUGCGACGAUGAAGAAUCGACCAAACAGCUCGAGCGAGCCGAGAGAUUUGGGACGAGAAUGGCACAGUGACUGUCUCUUCGAGGAGUGCCCAGCGGAUUUCAGUUUCUUACGGAUGCAAGAUACACCACCAUCUGGUGGAGACACACUUUGGGUGUCUGGUUAUGAGCUCUAUGACCGCCUCUCACCACCUUUUGCCGCUUUCCUCGAGACCCUGACCGCCACCUGUGCUCAGCCUGUAUUCAAAUCUGCAUCCGAAGCAGGCGGUUACGAACUGAUGUCCCCCCGCGGCUCGCCCUUGAAUUUCGGCGAUAAAUUCGCCCCUGUGCACCCUGUCAUUCGCACCAACCCCGUGACGGGGUGGAAGUCUCUUUUCGCCGGCGUCGGGCUACAUGUUACACGAAUCAACGAUGUCUACAACUAUGAGGACCAGAUGAUCCGCGAUUAUGUCCUGAGGCUCAUCACCCGCAAUCAUGACUGUGUGGCGAGAAUGCAUUGGACCAAACAGGCCUGUGCUAUCUGGAGUAACUCAUGCACUUUGCAUGCCGCAACGUCCGCGCCGUCCGAUGCUUCAAGCUUGGCUGCCCCUUUAUAA